GUCCACCCGCACCCUUCCCUUCCACCGCAAGCUUUCCCGUUGCGGUGCGGAUCCCCCACCUCUUCUCCGCCGCCUCGCUCUCCGGGAUGGACCCCUCCGCCGCCGCCGCCGCCGCCGACGACGACGACGACUACCACGCCACCACGGGUGGGAUGGAGCCGCGUGGAGAGGAGGACAACGGCGCCAGUACAAGGGGCGUCACCGGUCGGCUACUCGCUUGGCGCGGGGAAGAGGAAGACGACGAUGACGCGGAGGAUUCGGGAGGAGGGAGCGGAGCAGGCGCCAACGCCGACGAAGACGACGCGGCCUCCGCUGUUUCCCUUGACACCAUCAGCAACGACUCGAUCCUGCUUCCGCCGGAGCCGACGAGCGCCAACCUGGCGAGCCUCCUCCGCGCGAGGAAGCUGAUCCUCGUCGUGGACUUGGACCACACGCUCAUCAACUCCACCAGAUUCGCCCACCUCUCCGACGACGAGAAAGCCAACGGGUUCACGGAGCGCACCGGAGAUGAUCGGAGCAGGGGCCUGUUCCGAAUGGGGCUCUUCCGGAUGAUCACCAAGCUCAGGCCGUUCGUCCAUGAAUUCCUGCGAGAAGCGAGCGCCAUGUUCGAGAUGCACGUGUACACCCUCGGGAACAGGAACUACGCCACGGCGGUCGCCAAGCUGCUCGACCCCGACGGCGCCUACUUCGGCGAACGGAUCAUAUCGAGCGGCGAGUCGUCGCAGCCGGACAGGAAGAGCCUCGGCGACGUCUUCGGGUGGGCGCCGGAGAUGGAGCGAGCCGCGGUGGUCAUCCUCGACGACACGGCGGAGGUCUGGAAGGGGUACAGGGACAACCUGAUCGAGAUGGAGAGGUACCUCUACUUCGCGUCGAGCCGCGGCAAGUUCGGGAUCGCGGUGAGGUCCCUGGCGGAGCGGAACCGGGACGAGAGCGAGCGCGAGGGCGCGCUCGCCGUGGCGCUGCGCGUCCUGCGGCGAGUCCAUGGGGAAUUCUUCUCCGGCUCGGUGUGCAGCGGCAGCUUCGCGGACGUCAGGGAGGUGAUCAGGCAGGCGCGGCGCGAGGUGCUGCGCGGGUGCACGGUGGCGUUCACCGGGGUCAUCCCAAGCGGCGACGGCGGCCGCGCCAGCGACCACCCCGUGUGGAGGAGAGCCGAGCAGCUCGGCGCCACCUGCGCCGACGACGUCGGCGAGGGGGUCACCCACUUCGUCGCCGGGAAACCGGUCACCCGCAAGGCGCUGUGGGCGCAGACCCACGGCAAGUUUCUCGUUGACACGGAGUGGAUCAACGCCGCGCAUUUCCGGUGGAGCAAGCCGGAGGAGAGAAUGUACCCCGUGAAAGUUGAGGGACCUUCGGUGUACUUUUUCCUAAGGGAAAUGUCACGACUCACGAGCAGCAAGCAAAGCAGGAAGGCCGAGAAUAACUGGGCUGCGUGGGCCAUGCGGUGGCAUUUUACGGGCCCAUCCUCCUUCCCCCCGCGGGUGGGAACAAAUUGGCACGGCCGCGCCCAAUUUCAUUUCCCCCCAUUUCAAUUCAUUUCCUCCGGGCACCACCCGCUCCCUUCCCUUCCACCGCACACUUCCCGUUGCGGCGCCGAUCGCCAACCUCUCCGGCAGCCUCGCUCGCCGGAAUGGACCCCUCCGCCGCCGCCCACUGGUGGGAUGGAUCUGGGGGGAGAGGUGGAGGACGACGCCAGUGCAGGGGCCGCUCCUAACCCUGGUGGAAUCGCCGGGGGAAAGGAGGGAGAUCUCGACGCGGAAGAUUCGGGAGGAGGGAGCGGAGCAGACGACGCCGCCGCCGCCGUUUCCCAUGGCGCCACCAGCACCGACUCGAUCGUGCUCCCGCCGGAGCCGACGAGCGGCCACCUGGCGAGCCUCCUGCGGGCGAGGAAGCUGAUCCUCGUCGUGGACUUGGACCACACGCUCGUCAACUCCACCGCGGAUUACGAUAUCUCCGGCACGGAGUACGUCAACGGGUUGGCGGAGCUCGUCACAGAUGAUCCGGGGAGGGGCCUGUUCAUAUUGGAUCAUGCCAGCUGGUUCUCGGCGUUCAUCACCAAGCUCAGGCCGUUCGUCCAUGGCUUCCUGCGAGAAGCGAGCGCCAUGUUCGAGAUGCACGUGUACACCCUCGGGGACAGGGACUACGCGGCGGCGGUCGCCAAGCUGCUCGACCCCGACGGCGUCUACUUCGGCGAACGGAUCAUAUCGAGGGACGAGUCGCCGCAGCCAGACAGGAAGAGCCUCGACGUCGUCUUCGGGUCGGCGCCGGCAUCGGCGGCGGAGCGCGCCGCGGUGGUCAUCCUCGACGACACGGCGGAGGUCUGGGAGGGGAACAGCGACAACCUGAUCGAGAUGGAGAGAUACCACUACUUCGCGUCGAGCUGCCGGGACUUCGGGUCGCCGUGGGAGUGCACGCACUCCCUGUCGGAGCGGGGCGUGGACGAGAGCGAGCGCGCCGCGGCACUGCGCGUCCUGCGGCGAGUCCACGCGGGCUUCUUCGCCGGCGGCGGCGGCAGCUUCGUCGCGGACGUCAGGGAGGUGAUCAGGCGGACGCGGCGCGAGGUGCUGCUCGGGUGCACGGUGGCGUUCACCCGGGCGAUCGCCAGCGACGACCACCACUCCGUGUGGAGGAGAACCGAGCAGCUCGGCGCCACCUGCGCCGACGACGUCGGCCCGGAGGUCACCCACGUCGUCGCCACGAACCCGACGACGUUCAAGGCGGUGUGGGCGCAGGUGUUCGGCAAGUUGCUCGUCAACCCAGAGUGGAUCAACGCCGCGCAUUUCCGGUGGAGCAAGCCCAAGGAGGAACACUUCCCCGUCCGUUGGUAA